UCUCCCAAAACCCACAAAAUACUUUCCCCUUUAUAUCUUCGUCUUCACCACUCUCUCUCUUCCUCUUCACUCGCAAUGUCGUCGCCGGCGAUUAACCUUCUCUUCACUCUCUCCUUUCUCUGCUUCCACAUCUCUUCUUCUCACCAAAGCAAACCCACCGUUCACUCCUUAAAUGUCGCCGCCGCGGCGGAGAUUGAGCUCGUGAACCCUAAACUUCCGCCGAGAACUCCUCUCUCCCUCACAUCGUCGAAGAAAUUCGAAGGAUCUUCCGAUCUGAUUCACCUCCGGUACCAUAUGGGUCCAGUACUCUCUUCUUCCCCGAUUAACAUCUACGUAAUCUGGUACGGACGGUGGACUCGUCCCCACAAAUCCCUAAUCAGAGAUUUCCUAAAUUCAAUCUCCGACGCAAAAGCCCCUUCUCCCUCCGUCGCCGACUGGUGGCGCACCGCCACGCUUUACACUGACCAAACCGGAGCCAACGUCUCUCGAUCGGUACUCAUCGCCGGAGAAUACUCCGACGCCAAAUACUCCCACGGCCAACAUCUCACGCGCCUCUCAAUCCAAGACGUAAUCGCCACCGCCGCGAGAUCCGCUUCCUUCCCGGUGGACCACAAGAACGGGAUGUACCUCGUGCUGACGUCACACGACGUCACGAUGCAGGACUUUUGCCGCGCCGUCUGCGGUUUCCACUACUUCACGUUCCCGUCGAUGGUCGGUUACACGAUGCCGUACGCUUGGGUUGGUCAAUCGGGGAAACAGUGCCCGGAGGUUUGUGCUUAUCCGUUUGCUUUGCCGGGGUAUAUGGGUCACGGUGGUCCCGGUGAGCUCCGGCCGCCGAACGGAGAAACGGGAGUGGAUGGGAUGGUGAGUGUGAUUGGGCAUGAGCUUGCGGAGGUUGUUUCGAAUCCGUUGAUUAACGCUUGGUACGCCGGAGAAGAUCCGACGGCGCCGACGGAGAUCGGGGAUUUGUGUGAAGGGUUGUACGGAACCGGCGGAGGAGGAGGGUAUAUUGGUCAAGUGAUGCAGGAUAGAGAAGGGAAGACGUUUAAUAUGAAUGGUAAAGGAGGGAGGAAGUUUUUGGUUCAGUGGAUUUGGAAUCCUAAUUUGAAAGCUUGCUCUGGUCCUAACUCUGUGGAUUAGACGACGGAGGAGGAAGAAGAAGAAGAUGAGGCUUGUGUUGAUUGAUGAUGGUGAUUAACACUAAUCACCUUGAUUAUGAUGGAAUAACACCUUUGAUUAGAGUUAGCUUAUUAGGUUAGUAGUGUAACACUUCUCUUGAUUUUCGUUUUCAUAAUUAUUUCUUUUUUAUAUAUAUAGCUUAUACUGCUUUUGUGUUAUUUGAAUGAAUCUUGAUUUCAAAUGCUUUUUAUUAGUGGUACAUGUUCAGAUCUUUGGGAAAGCGAAAAGUUUGUUUGAAUUCAAAAUGUUUUUUGAUA